CAGGCGCGUCUCUCCCAGCUCGAGCGCGUCGCAGAGCUACAUCCAAGGCAGCUCUCUGUCUCUCAUCAGAUCGGCAUUCACAUCACCACAGCCUUCAAAAUGUCCUCUUCUGACGAUCUCAUUGACGACAGCCCCCCGGAAAUUGAUCCCUAUGAUAUCCUGGGGCUCGAACGCCAAGCUACACCGGAUCAGGUCAAAUCAGCGUAUCGAAAAGCGGCACUCAAGAACCACCCGGACAAGGUCUCCGACGACCAAAGAGAUGAUGCCAAGGAAAAGUUCCAGUCCAUCGCUUUCGCGUACGCUAUCCUCUCCGAUCCGGCACGACGCAAGCGGUACGAUGCGACCGGUUCCACGUCCGAGUCCAUUGUCGACUCGGAGGGAUUCAACUGGUCCGAUUACUACCGCGAGCAAUUCCAAGAUGCGAUUUCUGCAGACGCCAUCGAGAAGUUUGCCAAGAAAUACAAGGGUUCUGAAGAGGAGAAGGAUGACAUCUUGAUCGCAUAUGAAAAGGCCAAGGGCGACAUGGACGGGAUCUACGAAUCGGUCAUGCUGAGCGAUGUCCUCGAGGACGACGAACGUUUCCGCAACAUUAUUGACGAAGCUAUUGCCAGCGAAGAUGUACUGGCAUACAAACGAUACACCAAGGAGAGCAAGCUGUCAAAGGCGGCUCGCGUGAAGGCAGCAAAGGGUGAGGCGAACGAGGCCGAGGAGUACGCCAAAGAGCUGGGAGUCCACGACAAACUCUUUGGCGAUAAGAAGGGCAAGGGGAAAAAGAGGGGCAAGGACAGUGGGGAAGAUGACCUGGCCGCGCUCAUCAAGGGCAACCAGCAGAAACGCGCCGGGUUCCUGGAUGAUCUCGCCGCCAAGUACGGAGCCACCAGCCAGCCUAAAAGGGGCAAGAAGAGGGUCGUAGAUGAGGAGGAGCCGUCAGAAGAGGCGUUCCAGGCUGCAGCUGCACGAUUGAAGAAGGCCAAGGCGGACGAGAGCAAACCUAGCAAGGCAGGACGAAAGUGGCCUGCAACUGAUUAUCACGGCAUUAAACGGUCAAGUCUGGUAGAGGAUACCCACCUGAUCCAUAACGACAAUGCCAUGACGAGCGAUGUAUCUAUAGGCGGCCUCUAUCCGCAAUACUGCCUGCACCUCUCUCCAACCUUCAACACAUGGUGUCUCAUGCAAGCAUCCGACGUCCACGCCCUCAAAUCCGUACCCGAAUAUAAAGUCCAAAACUUCUUCUUCCACAAAAACCUGCCUAUCAAAUGGGCACGCAUCGUCGGCAUCGUCGUUGCCGUGGACAAAUUCCCGGGCCGCCUCAUCUACACGGUUGACGACAGUAGUGGGGCCUGCAUCGAAUGCACAGUCGCGACGAAUACACCGCCAUCCGACACAAGCGCUCCCAAUGUCGAGGCCAACGGAUGGUUUACCAAACGGCCGGAGCCCCAGCCUCCUGCAGACUGCGUCGACGUAGAGGUCGGCACGGUGGUCGACAUCAAAGGAGGACUAGCCACUUUCCGCGAGGAGAUGCAGAUCAAGAUCGAAAAAGUCAAAAUUAUCAGGUCCACAGAACAAGAGGUGGUGUUGUGGGAGAAGCGCACGCGGUUCCGGAACGACGUACUUCAACAGCCGUGGGUACUCAGCGAGAGGCAGAUUCGGAGGUGUAAGAAGGAGGAGACCAAGGACGCCGAGAGCGAGGAGAGGAGGCGAAUUAAGGAGAGGAGACGCGCGAAGAGAAAGGAGGAGGAAGAGGAGAUGCGGCGGAAGACCGAGGCUGCCGAGGCUGCUGCUGCGCAGGAGAACAGAUACUGCGCCUACAAAUUGAAGAAAGGAGACGGAUCGCGUCCGAUUGCACAGGCCGGCCAAGUCAUUGCUGGGGCUGCGCGAGCCGUGGAAGAUCGGUAUCGCGCCUACAGUCUGAGAAAGGGGCAUUCGACGAGGGAACCGCAGCCACGGCUGAUAACCAUGCCAGCCGCGACUUCGUCCGCGGAAGACCAUUAUACAGCUUACAAGCUGAAGAAAGGAGGAGACAGUCGGCCGAUUAUCAGGUCUGAUGCUACAAACAAAACUGCCGCCGCGGUUGUAGAAGAUCGGUACCGCGUACACAAGGUGGGCAGUGCUGGGGCUCAUAGCUUGGAGAAGACAAGCGGCGCAUCCGGUGGGCCAUUGCGGCCAAGUGCUCGAUGA